AGGCUGUAGAGAGCAAUUUAAGGUCAGUUAGAAGUUCUUCUAAGAGCUCAAGAUAAUGUUAUAUGUUGAUGUCAUCCUAAGUCUGGUAAAAUGCCAGCUUCCACAAGCAGAAACCCGGGAGGUUCUCCCUGCUUUGUUUGUCUGGAUGGUCAACGGCCAUUUUGCAAAGUUGCAAUCUCACUUCCCUAAAUGACGAGUGUAAAACCAGAACCCUACUUUAAGUCCUGUGUACGUGCAGCUGCAGUGGCAGUGAAGGUGGAGAACCUCCUUCUUCCUACUACCUGCUCUGGAAACUGCUCAACGGUGAAUUGGAGGCAACCGAUACAGCAUGUGAGAGCUCUCCUGAGCGCAUCAGUCACACCAGAUGUAACUGCUGUAAGGAAGUAAAAGAAACAUUUUCUGAAACUGGGAACCCUUUUCAGAGGAAGAUGGAGAAUCCGCUUCUUUUAUUCCCCCAACUAAACAUUUCUGCUUCAAAGGAUAAAUCCUAUUACAAAGUCAUGAAAUCAACAAUUAAAGAAGAGCCACAUAAAGCAAGCAAGCCUGGAGCUAAGCAGAAGAGAAAUAGGCUGAGCCUUCUCCUGCAGAAACCUGAAUUCCAUGAAGGUGAUCAUCUUGCUAAACCUGAAAACUUGACAAAAGCAGGAAGCAGCGUGUCUCCUGAAGAAGCAGUGAAAUGGGGAGAGUCUUUUGACAAACUGCUUUCUGAGAAAGCUGGACUGGAUGCCUUUACGAAUUUUCUGAAAACUGAGUUCAGUGAGGAGAACAUUGAGUUCUGGAUAGCUUGUGAGGAUUACAAGAAGAGCAAGACUGCCCAUGAACUUUUGCCAAAAGCUAAGACCAUUUAUGAAACAUUCAUACAGAAAGAUGCUCCAAAAGAGGUGAAUUUGGACUUUCAUACCAAAGAAGUCACAAGUCAGAAUAUUGGACAGCCCAUCAUUACCACCUUUGAUAGAGCACAAAACAUGGUCUACAGGCUGAUGGAGCAAGACAGCUACCCACGCUUCCUGAGAUCUGAUCCGUAUUUAAAUUUGGUAAAGGGGAGAAACCCCAGUCGUCCUACCCUUAGGAGACGGUCACGGUCUUUCACUGUCAAUGAUUUUAAAGGUGUACGACCAGACUUUACUGUUUGGUAACAGGGAAACUGAACCCUCAUAAAUUCUAGCUACUGCUGCAACUCGUAUGUAUUUUACAAUCCAAAUCCUUAGCAGGUGUAAAUGAGUGGAAAGCAAAGUAACAUGCACUUACACCAGGUCAGAGUUCUGUAGCCACUGAUUAAUUUCAUUUAUUAUAGAGAAGUAGGCAAUAUAUUGGCAAGACAUAUAAUGUAAAGCUUUCAUACAGUAUUUUUUUAAACCCAAGCAAGAACUGUAAUCAUAUUUAGAAGAAAGACUUGAGUUUCCUGCAUAAAAAAUGUGUAUAAGAUGCCAGUUGAUAAUAGCCACUGUGUAUCGUUGGCCUGUAUUAUUUAGGACAGAGUUUCAUCACAGUUAGAAUCUAUAUACCUAGCCUUCGCACAUAUUUAUGAUUUAUGUUUCUGCAAUAUUUCCUACACUAAGCACAGAGUAUUUGUGGUAUUUUCUCAUACUGCAAAACACAUAGGAACUUUAUUAGGUAUAAUGUAAAGUUACAGGGAUUUUAACUACAGCCACUGCAUAAUUAAAAUUUAGCUAUUGCAUAUUUUAAGAGGAACAUAAGAAUACCUAUUUAAAUUUUUGGGUACAUUUUGUACUGUUUUCUUACUACAUGUGUCUGUUCUCUGGAUUUAAGUUAUGCUGUAUAUAUUAGUUUUGCCAUCAAAUAAUUGUAUUCUAGUUUUUUGCAACCAAAUGAGUAGCAACAGAGGCCCAAGAAUGCUAUUUUAACACAAUGUGUGUCAUUAAGUAUCAGGUCACAUGGAUGUGUAUAUGUAUAUAUAAUGCUUCUACUUUUAUUUGUAAAUAUUUAUGGUAUACCAAUUUCAUUACUAAACUUCGUUCUAAAUUUUUUCUGACAUUUAUUUUGAAAAAGAAUCUGAAAAUUAACAGCUCUCAGACUCAGAUAGAAUAACCUUCAGUUCUACCGAUCAUUAGUGUAUUCUCCAUGGUUAUAGAGGAGGAAAGAGAAAUCUCUCUUUUACUUCUUUAGUCCUGAAGUCAGACAUGUCAUUUUCAUGAUCAGUAUACACAGUUUUCUUUCAGAAUUAAUGCAAACAUACCCUGAAACAUGAGAAAAAUUUCUGAAAUCUUAAACAUUGGUUCAGUUUAACAAGUGGCUGCGGGAUUUAGUUGUAACUAUGACAUGUAUAUUCAGUCAUUUUGCAUGGAAUUUAAGAUUUCUCCCUUUUCUUCCUCCUUUGUAAGUGGUAAAAGUGAAGAGGUGCAGUUCCUGAGAAUGAAAAGUUAUGUUCAUUACUAAUUCAGGGUAUAUAUGAACUGCUUGAUCUGAAUUUCCCUGUCUGCUUUACUAACUUUCAAUAAAUCCUAAGUGAUCUACUUUAAAAGUUGUCAGAAUUCAGCUUAUCAUCAGUACAUUGAUGGGCAAAAUGUGAAGACUUCACUUACAAUUCAAUACCAGCUGUAAUUGUUGCCAUUUCAAUCCAAAGUGUUACUGUGCACAGAGAUCUGAACUCACAAGGAAACACUGCUGAGCUGCAGUGUCCUGACAACCAUCUCCAAGCUCUUGGCUUUACCUGGGGAAGAGACAGGAAACACUUUUGUAGCUGUGAGGAGUAUGAUGCUUGCUGGUUUAUUCCAUUAUCCUUCUCUGACCCCCAAAUUCCAGGCAUGUGCUAUUUCUAACUGUGUCAGAAACUGUGAAGCACAGCGAUUCAGGAAUAAAUCAAAUGUUUUUAGUAAUGCUGAUAAUGUAUUUCAGUCUCUGUAUCAAUAUCAAAUGCAGCUUUGGAGCUUGUCAGCACCAUUUUUUACAAACUGUCUGCAUUCCUGUUGUCAUUGACAUUCACAUGAAUGAGUGAAUACAGUGAAAUGCAACUUUCUAACACAA